UCUUCUUUUCGUAAACCACACACACAACAUCUUAAAUAAGAAGAAUCUUUAAAAUUUUCAUUGUUGAGUGUGAAACAAAAAAUGUGUUACAAAAUUCUUCCACCUCUUGUUAUUCCGUCGGGGAGCUUCCACGAAAAUACUCCGGUGGCAGAAGUGACGACAGUGGCAACGUCAGAGGUAGAAACCACAGCUGGUCACCGUAACGGUGGCGGUGGAAAGAAGAAGUGUGUAUGUUCACCGUCGAAGCAUCCAAGAUCGUUCAAGUGUAGGUAUCAUCAACAUGAAUAUCAAUGGCUUCCUUCAUCAUCUUCUUCUUCUUCUUCUUCGACUCUCCACAAAUAACACAUAUCAUCCAAUUCAUCAUGUAAUCAAUAAUUAUAGUUUUUAUAUUUUAUUACACAUGGUUAUUAUUUAAUUUGAGUAUUUCAAAAGUAGAAAUUGUGUUGUGGUUCUUGUCUUUUUAUAUAACGAUGUUGUUUAAUCCCCAAAAUUAUAAAACUCGGCAGCAAUAUUCGUUUUAAAAGUAA